AUUAAUUAAUUAUUAUUUUGUGAAAGUGAGUGUUUUUGUUAAACAUUUAAAAAGAAUUUUUUUGUUGACUGGUGGCAUGGAUUAAUGGAAUACAACUGUGUACUUGUGUUGUGUUGAUUACAAACAGUGCCCUGCUAAGUGAAUAAUAAUAAUAAUUAUUUUUUUUUUGUAAUAAUAUUAAAAAAUAGUGGAGAUUAUUUUGUUGGGAAGAAAUUGGAGAAAGAGCGCCUAUGGCUGUGCAUAGAAUAAUUAAAAAAAUUACCUCGAGUAGGUAACAGCUAGUUGACGAAUUUAGUAUCGUAAACAUCGGAGACGGCUCUGAAUAACUAGAGCUUUUGACACAACAUGUGGACGACGAUGCUAGUGUGGACGGUCGCGGUAGUGCUUUUGCCGUCACCUCGUACAGUGCAUGCUUCGGGGGUGUUUGAGCUGAGACUCAAGUCCUUCAUCAACGAGUACGGGAAAGACAACACGGGGAAAUGCUGCUCGGGAAUGACUUCCAAGACCAGCAACGAGUGCAUUGGAACCUGUCAGACCAGGUUCAGGAUUUGUUUGAAGCAGUACCAGGCGAAGAUCGACACCACGACGCCCUGUACUUACGGGGACGAGGUGACACCCGUUCUCGGGGGCAAUGUUGUUAAUCUCAGCCCUGAUGUCUCUACUCCCAGAGGCUUCACCAACCCCAUUAGAUUUUUCUUCAAUUUUUCCUGGCCGGGAACAUUCUCGCUGAUAAUCGAGGCGUACCAUGACGCCAACAACGCGACUCAUUCCUCUGAAAAAGUCCUCAUAUCGAGGUUGACGACCCAGAGAUGGGUCGACGUCGGGACAGACUGGCUCGAGGAUGUGCACACAAGCGCCCAUGCGCGAAUGGUCUACGAGUACAGAGUCAUCUGCAGCACCAACUACUACGGCAAGGGAUGCGAAAAUAUCUGCACAGCUCACGACGACAUUUUUGGACACUACACCUGUAGUUCUACUGGAAAGAAAGUCUGUCUCUCGGGAUGGAAGGGCGAAUACUGCAACACCCCACAGUGCCUGCCCGGAUGUAACGAACAACAUGGACACUGUAAUCGACCCAACGAAUGCACGUGUAAUCCCGGCUGGACAGGAGCGUUUUGCGACGAGUGCGUGCGCUACCCAGGUUGUAUCCACGGAACCUGCCAGCAGCCAUGGAAGUGUGACUGCAAGGAAGGCUGGGGCGGAUUAUUCUGUAACCAAGAUCUAAACUACUGCACAAAUCACAAGCCCUGCCUAAACGGUGGCACCUGCUUCAACACAGGCCAAGGUUCCUACACCUGCUCGUGCGCGCGUGGAUUCACAGGUACAGAGUGCCAGACAUCUCUCUCCGACUGUCACUCGCAACCGUGCAUGAACGGCGGAGUCUGUACAAUGACAGGCAACGCCACCAAGAACUACCAAUGCACAUGUCCGCCAUUUUACCGCGGGCGCCAUUGCGAGUUAAGCUCUCGUUCUUGCAAAGAAUCCCCCUGCAAGCACGGCGGCACUUGCGUCGACGACUCCAAGGGGUAUACCUGCCAGUGUCCUCCAGGAUACACGGGUCCAGACUGCGACACCAAGAUCAACGAGUGUUCUCCGAACCCUUGCGUAAACGGCGGAACCUGUUCCGAGACACCGAACAGCUAUCAGUGCACCUGCCCGACUGGCUUCACAGGUCAGCGCUGCGAGGUUAACGUCGACGAUUGCCAGGGCGACCCGUGUCUCAACGGCGGCACCUGCAUCGACAUGGUCAAUCGGUUCCGCUGCCAGUGCGUUCCAGGGUUCGUCGGGCUGCUGUGCCAAGACAAGGUUGACUACUGCCUAGCCAAGCCUUGCGCCAAUGGCGGGAAGUGCAUUACCGGAACCAACGACUACAAGUGCAUCUGCAAGCCUGGCUUCGCCGGGAAGGACUGCAGUGUUGACGUCGACGAGUGCAGCAGCGCGCCCUGCCGGAACGGCGGAACCUGCGAGAACAGAGUCAAUGGAUUCUUCUGCGAGUGCAAGUCCGGGUUCCGUGGUGACACUUGCAGCGAACCUGACACUGGGCUUCUUGUUCCAAGGCCUUCAACUUCUAUCAGCAGGAACUCUGGUGUUCCUCCGCCCUCUGGUGCCAGUUACUGGUCAGGAAACCUCUCGCGGCCGUCCGCUGAAGCUCGGGACGCCGGCCUGACCACGGAACACGUGGUAGUGAUCGCUACUUUAUCAACCGCAGUUCCCGCGUUUGUUCUCGUGGCGGCGCUGGCUGUCAUGUGCAUGAAGCGCCGCCAGAAAAGGGAACAGGCGCGGGCAGACGAAGAAGCUCGGCUGCAGAACGAACGGAACGCUGUUCACAGCAGCUUGAGCAAGCGCGCCAACGGCAAUUCCAACUCGGGAGUCAAUAUGGUUGGGCACCAGCCGGGGUUAAUUGGCGUUCCCAAUGGUCAUAGUUCUAUUAGUAUCAACGGAGGUGGCAGCAGUGUCUGUUCUCUCGGCGCCGGGGAUUCCCACAUGAUUAAGAACACCUGGACUGCCAGCAAGAGCAUCAACAAUGCCAGUAUCACUAGGGAUGAUCUGGACUCGUCUUUCCAGACAGAUGGCGGGUUGGAUAUCACUUGUGGGUACAAACCCGAGCCGAUUUUGUCCGACCCGGGAAGGUCGAGGACGCCCAAGCAGCUCAACACCGAGGCGGCUGCGCAUCGUGCUUCUCAUCAUUUUCAGAAAGACAAAGACAUUAGUGUUGUUGGUGUGUUGGAGGGCAAGAGGACGUCGAUGUUCUCCAGUGCGUCGGAUUCUUGUUGCAACGCGGAGGCCGCUUUGCUAAAAAGGCCCGCGAUACAAGACAGUGCGGGUGGGGGAGGAUGUGGUGGUGCUUCUGAUGGUAGUUGCGGUGUCUACGUUAUCGACGAUCAUUAUAGACAUGACACGACACUAGCGGCGACUCUCGCUACUGAAGUUUAGUCCUCUAUAAAUAUUAGUUAGCGCCCAGUGACAAGCGUUUUAUUUUCACUUGGGAAAAUCAGAGACUUUUAAAUAUUUUUUUUUAUAUAAAUAAUUAUUAUUUUUUAUAUUUUCUUUUUUCACUGUCGCUGAUAGUCUUCCGGGUCUCUUAUAAUUUGUUUUUUUUUUUUUUUUUUUUUUUUUUUUAACACGCUAACCAACGAGAUAUAACUGGAUUAUAUCGUGUGUUUAUUUUUGAUCUAUACAUAUUAUUUUUAUUAAUUAUUAAAUAGGGAUAAUAAAAUAUAAAGAAAUGUAAUGAGAGAUCUAAGUGGAUUUUUAGCGACACUGAGAUUAAUUAAGUGAGAAAUGCUGUGUUGUUGCCCACCGCAUUUAAAGAUCCUCAGCCUCCCACCUUAAUGUAUUUGAUAAUAGUAAUAAUAAUUAUUAUUAUUUAAAUGCUAAAUGUUAACAACAACAGACACCAUCACCGGCUAUUAUUUUGUAAAUAAUUUAUUUAUUAUUAUUAUUAUUGUUAUUAUUAUGCAUAUAAUAUUAUAACUUUAUAAACUCUAUCGGUGUUACAUCAACUACACGUGAUGUCGAUAUUGUUAUUAUUAUUAUGAUUAUUAUUAUUACUAUUAUUAUUAUCAUUAUUUGUGUAUCGCAUUAUCAUUUUUCCAGUAAUUUAGAUUGCGUGAGAGUUAUUUGCAAUCCGAUUGAUGAUUGUAUGUGAUAUAAUGAUAAUAAUAAUAGUAAUAAUGAAUGUACUUGUACAUGCGAAAUAAUUUAUGUAAAUAUCUUUAAUUCAACGUAUUGUAAAAAUUAUUGUCCGGAUUAAUUGACUAUUUAUUUGUAACUCUGACUAUUGGCAUGACAUAUUUAUAUUUAUAUUUAUAUUUAUACAUAUAUAUAUAUAUAUAUCCACGGAAAAAACA